GAGAAAAAAGGCACAGCGAAAAUGAAAGUAGUAAAAUGGUACAUAUGGUGACUACAAAGUGGGAAAAAUUUACGAAAUUUUCCGCCUUAUGAAUCACCCCUUUACGAACAAUUCCGCAGCAAAUUUUAGCAAAAACAAAAAAAAAUAAAACGAAGUCAAAAUAAACUGUUACAAUCUGUUUUGCCUUCGCACAAGCAGGAAAAUGUUCCUUUCUUUUCCUUCCCUCCCAAGCCCGCAGUUUUUUACUGCAAAAGGGAGGGAAAAUCAAAAUAACGAAUUGAAGGGAGGAACACACACGGGAAAAAUAAUCGAAGGCAAGAUAAACACUUCACCGCGCUUAUUUCGUUCAUAUCAGAAAUGUUACUACGUAGCUGUUUACUCUUUUUAUCAUUUGGCCUGAAAUUUAUUUUUGCAUUUAAAUCGAGUACUCCCCUAUUGCCAAGUCUAUUUUUGAACGCUUCACUGAGUUUGCAAGUCAAUGGCCAUAACGGCGUGUGCAAAAAUAAAAGGAAUUUUUCGUUGUAUGGAGUUCCGAAGAAAAAAAGUUCGCAUCGAAGAACAAGAAGAAGGAAAGUCGCGUGGAUGAAGAAGAACCCCGCCAAGUUAUACAGGACUAGCUCCUACGACAUGGAUGAAAUAAUGCGGUACACUGACAGGAAACUGACGGCGCACUACACAACGAGAGAUAGCUGGCUAAACCUCCCUCCAACAACCCUAAUUAAUGAUUUUUUUUUGUUUAGAGAAAUAAGAAGUUGAAAGGGGAAGGUUUUUU